AACACUAAGAUUUGGAAGUAUUUAUAAGAGAGUGGCUGAAAACUAAGAUGCAUAUAGAAUGGUGUACCAUUGUUUUUCAAUCUCCAUCAAUUUCAAAACUUCAUUUUCUUUUCCAUAGUUUAUAGAAAAAUCAGAAACUGUUGCUAUAUAAUUUCUCAACCGUUCUCUUAUCUACCUAUCCAUCUACUAAGUCAUGCGUUACACAUUGGAAAAGUGAAAAGCAGAGCCACGGGAUUCAUUGUAACUAAAGAAAACGACAAUUGUCUCUAAUUGUUUUUCUACGUUUUGUUCAAAAGGGUGUUUCAAUUGUUCAUCCAUUUUUCCUAAGAACAACAAAAAAUGGUGAUAUUGAACCUUGGGAAGAAGCAGUUGCAUGGUAAAGAAGAAGUAGUGAGACUUGGGAAAUAUGAGUUGGGUAGGAUUCUUGGUGAGGGCAAUUUCGGUAAAGUUAAAUUUGCUAGGAACACUGAUUCUAAACAACCUUAUGCUAUUAAGAUUAUUGACAAGAACAAAAUCAUUGAUCUCAAUAUCACCAACCAGAUAAAGAGAGAAAUAUGUGCCUUAAAGCUCCUAAGGCAUCCCAACGUUGUUAAAUUAUACGAGGUCUUGGCUAGUAAAACAAAAAUUUACAUGGUACUUGAGUAUGUGACUGGAGAGGAGUUAUUUGACAAAAUUGCAUCCAAGGGUAAACUUACAGAAGGUGAAGGUAGAAAGUUGUUCCAGCAAUUGAUUGAUGGUGUCAGCCACUGCCACAGUAAAGGUGUCUUCCAUAGGGAUCUCAAGCUUGAGAAUGUACUUGUGGAUGUCAAAGGGAAUCUAAAGAUAACUGAUUUUGGCCUUAGUGCUUUACCCCAACAGUUUAGGGCAGAUGGGUUGCUGCAUACAACAUGUGGAAGUCCAAAUUAUGUUGCACCAGAGAUUCUUGCUAAUAGAGGCUAUAAUGGUGCAUCAUCAGAUGUAUGGGCAUGUGGUGUUAUCUUGUAUGUAAUCCUAGCAGGAUACCUUCCUUUUGAUGAUAGAAAUCUUGCAGUACUCUAUCAGAAGGUUUUGAAAGGAGAUUUUCAAAUGCCAAAAUGGUUAUCACCUGGUGCACAAAAUAUUAUAAAGAGGAUUCUUGAUCCAAACCCUCAAACUAGAAUAACAAUGGCAGGGAUCAAAGAAGAUUUGUGGUUCAAGGAAGGAUAUAAUCAAGCAGAUCCUGAGGAUGAGGAGGAGGAUGUAUAUGUUGACGAUCAAGCCUUUUCCGCCCAUGAAUUGUCACAUGAAGAAGAAAAAAGGAGUUUAGAAUCGCCGAUCCGUAUGAAUGCAUUUCAGUUGAUAGGGAUGUCUUCAUGCCUAGACCUCUCUGGCUUUUUUGAGAAUGAGGAUGUAUCUGAGAGGAAGAUAAGGUUUACAGCUAAUCUUUCAGCCAAAGAUCUGAUGGCAAAUAUUGAAAAUUCUGCGGCAGAAAUGGAAUUUAGAGUUCAAAAGAAAAAUGGCAAAAUGAAAGUAACACAAGAGAACAAAGAGCAUAAAACUCUUGGCAACCUCUCGGUGACAAUAGAGGUUUUUGAAAUAAGUUCAUCAUUGUAUGUAGUAGAAUUAAGGAAGUGUCAUGGAGAUGCCUCUAUAUAUAGACAGUUAUGCAAGAAGUUAUUAAAUGAUUUGAGUGUUCCCCAAGGAAAGCACUAGUGAGCUCAGAAGUGAAAGUUGUAGGGUCAUAUUUGGAAUGACAUAUCAAAAUUAUAGCAUUUACUGAUCUCAUUGGCCUUUGUGACUUGUGAGAGAUACUAUUAUAGUAAUAGCACCAGUUUUGAAUUUAGCAAUCAAUUAAAUAGUUGGACCUCAAACAUCACUAUGUAAAAAUAAGUUUUAUUGAGCAUGAAAUUGGGUAUCUUGCCUUGCAA